CGCUUCCCGCCAUUUUCGUUGCGUCCGUCAACACAACAAAAACAACUUGAUCUCAUAUUUAAUUGACAUUUAGAUAUUACUCAAGUAUUACCUUGCGUUCUAGUGAGGCAGUGAAGUGCAUUUUUUUAAGAAAACCAGGAAUACCUUUUAACGCAAUGGCUCGCGUGUGUGUGAUCGGAGCGGGUGCGGCGGGUCUGUGUGCGGCGCGCCAUCUGCUGGUGGAGCCGUGUGUGUCGCUGGUGGACGUGCUGGAACAAGCGGCGCAGCUCGGCGGCACCUGGGUCUACACCGAGACAGUGGGAUACGACGACUUCGGACUGCCGAUACAUACCAGCAUGUAUAAAAGUCUAAGAACCAACCUGCCUAAGGAGAUCAUGGGGUUCCCGGACUUUCCAGUACCGGACAGCGAAAAGUCCUACCUGCCCGCCAAGGACAUGCUCGCCUUCUUGCAACUUUACGCGGACAAACAUAACGUCACGCCUUAUAUAAAAUUCAAACACCACGUGCAGCUAGUGAAGCCCAAAGCGGGUCCCAACGGGGAGCUAUGGGACGUCAGCUACAAGGACCUCAGCACCGGCGUGUCUGAGACCCGCGAGUAUGACUACGUGUUUGUGUGUAACGGGCAUUACAAUACGCCCUUCAUACCCAGUAUACCAGGACUUAAGGAAUUUAAAGGUGACGUAAUGCACAGCCACGACUACCGUGUACCAGAGAUCUUCACUGGCAAACGCGUGUUAGUUGUUGGCGCUGGUCCCUCCGGCAUGGACAUCGCGCUGGAGGUUACCGGAGUAGCAACCAGGGUCCUCCUCAGCCACCACCUCAGCGAGAAGCCGCGCUCCGUCUUCCCCGACAACAUGCUGCAGAAGCCUGACGUCGUCAAAUUGGAUGGGAAUACUGCAGUCUUCAAAGAUGGCACGGAAGAAGAUGUGGAUGUCGUAUUUCUUUGUACUGGAUAUCUGUACAACUUCCCGUUCCUGCACGAGUCGUGUGACAUCGUAGUGGAGGAGAACUGCGUGGAGCCGCUGUACAAGCAUCUGGUGAACGUACGCCAUCCCUCCAUGUGUCUUGUCGGAGUUCCUUACUACGUCUGCGCAUUCUCUAUGUUCGACUUGCAGGUGCGGUACUACGUGCGGUCGAUGAACGGCAGCUUCCGUCUGCCGAGCAGCGAGCAGAUGCUGCGCCACUGGGAGCAGGAGAAGCUGCAGCGCGCCGCCCGCGGGUACACGCGCCGGCAGGCGCACAUGAUGGGCCCCGACCAGGAUCGUUAUUACUCUUCGCUGGCAUCAGAAGCGUGUACAAAUAAUUUGCCGCCGGUGGUGACGAAAAUCCGUGAGGAAAGCUCUGUGAGGUUUUUACACAACAUACAAAACUACCGACGUGAUGUUUACCGCAUUAUUGACGAUAACUCCUACGAGCUCAUCAGCGAUGGAAAACGGCAAGUGCUUUGUUGACCCUCAAGUACUGGAAACAUGUAUGAAAAAUAUUUUUUUUUAAAUAUGUUAUCACAGGAGACCACAGUUAUAGUGUGUCUAAAUAAUUUAGAUUAGU